AUGGCUGACAAAGAAAGAAACCCUUUGCAAUCUUCAAACAGUGUAGUGUUCCCAAUGACUCAAACUGAUUUAUUAUUGACAACAGGGAAAAAUGAAAAAUGGAAGGGAAUGUGGUCCCAAAGAAUCACAUUGAAGUGGGUCAAUUUUGAGAUUAUAUUUAGGACUCUUUAUUACAUGAGUAACAACAGUUCUUGUCCCGGGACAGAUGAGCUUGGACAGAUAAGCAAAUCAACAUCCAAACUUCAGUCACUCAUCUGCUCAAAGUCUCAAACAAUUAUGCACUAUAAUUCAAAUUAUAUCAAAAUAGUAGUAUAUAUUUUAAUCCAACCAUCUGUACUUUGCUUAAUUGCCCCUAAUCAUUUGACAUUUUGUGAGUCAGACAGAAUAGAUGGCAAUGGCAAUGGCAUUGGCUGGGUUUGGAAACUUUGUGGUGAUAAAUCAAGUAGGGGACCAACAUUAAUUCUGGGAGGCAAAAUAAACGUUGAUUUUGAUGCAUAUCGCCUGUCUGUGGUCUAUGUUUUUGUUUUUAUCUUGCACGGGUGGGAUCUUGCUGCUUUUUUCAAUGAGAAAAAUUGGCCUUUAUCUGCAAAUUUAGAACUGGCAGAAAGCACUGCCUUUUUUUUUCUUUAUCCUUGUAAUCCACGCCUGGAACAUUUUGCUUUGCUUUUUGCACUGUUGGAUAAAGAUAGAAGUAAUCAUCUGAAUCCGAACCAAAAUUCAGUAAAUAGGGUGGAAAAUGCGGCCCAUGCUUCAUUGCUGAUCAUGUUCGACAUUAGUCAUUGGCAUGGGCGAGGUUUGAACGCUAUUUCAAUGUUAUACGUGCCACCAAAGGCUGUUAGAGCUAUCCUGCAUGACAUGAGCUUAAUAUACGCUGAAAUCCAAAUGGCCACUAAGCCAGCUUGCCUUAGAUGGUUGCUGCAGCUAGGAGUUCAGCAUGAGUUGAUUACCACUCUUAUCAUUACUACCCUUCUCUUUUGUUUUUGCUCUGCUCUCAAGGAGGGACAAACAUGCGUAGCAGAUGGGAAUUGUGACUCUGGGUUGCACUGUGAAACCUGUCUAGCAAAUGGAAACGUACGGCCAAGAUGCACCAGAAUCCAACCUGUAAACCCCACUUCCAAGGUUAAGGGGCUGCCGUUUAACCGAUACUCCUGGUUGACUACCCACAACUCGUUUGCAAGGCUAGGAGAGAGGUCUGCAACUGGAUCUUUGAUUUUAGCUCCUACGAACCAGCAGGAUUCCAUCACCAGCCAGCUUAAUAAUGGUGUUAGGGGUUUGAUGCUGGACAUGUAUGAUUUCCAGAAUGACAUCUGGUUGUGUCACUCCUUUGGAGGACAAUGCUUCAAUUAUACAGCUUUUCAACCUGCAGUUAAUGUUUUGAAAGAGGUUCAAGCAUUUCUUGAAGCAAACCCAUCAGAAAUUGUUACCAUUAUCAUUGAAGACUAUGUUACCUCACCAAGGGGCUUGAGUAAAGUAUUUGAUGCUGCUGGCCUGAGGAAGUUCUGGUUUCCAGUAUCUCGAAUGCCAAAAAAUGGUGGAAAUUGGCCCACAGUUGAUGAUAUGGUCCAAAAGAAUCAGCGCCUGUUGGUUUUCACUUCAAAGUCAGCUAAGGAGGCCUCGGAAGGUAUAGCUUAUCAAUGGAGAUACAUGGUAGAAAACCAAUAUGGAAAUCGUGGGAUGGUAGCUGGUUCAUGUCCAAACCGGGCAGAAUCACCUGCGAUGAAUGCAACAUCAAGGUCACUGGCUUUAGUCAACUACUUUCCUGAUGCACCAGAUGUAACCCAAGCUUGCAAACACAAUUCAGCUCCAUUGAUUAACAUGGUGAACACAUGUUACGUAGCAGCUGGCAAACGGUGGCCUAACUUCAUUGCUGUGGAUUUUUACAAGAGGAGUGACGGUGGAGGCGCUCCAGAAGCUGUAGACGUGGCAAAUGGUCAUCUAGUUUGUGGAUGCGGAAUCAUUGCCUCUUGCGAGGAAAACAUGACUUUUGGAGUAUGCGACAUACCUGAGGCUGGUGUUGCCGCUGAACCAGAACCAGUAGCACAUAGAUCCAGCUUUGCUUAUUUGGAUAGUCGACCAACUCCAUUGCAGUGGUUGCUUGCCAUAAUUUUAGUAGCAAUUCUCCUAUAAUUGAAAAGAUGAAUGUUUUAUAAAAAAAUUCUAACCAUUACCUAACCCAGAUAGCUAGUAGAUUAGUCCAGCUUCGAAAGGAUUAUACUCUUUAUUCCAGCUUUAUUUAUUUCGACGUUGGACAUUCAGUGGCUAAAGAGUGGCGGCUAUCCAGGGCCAUGGUAUUUAUUCUUCUGUUUCAAUGAUUAUAGCAGAUUUUUAAACCAUGGAUGUUUAUCAUGUGAUUGUUUUAUAGAA